AUGCACGUGGUGACAGCAGGUGGCUUCACCUUCCAGAAUCCGCCGGUGUUCAUGGACCGCGAGCAUCCGAGGAAGCGGGACGCAGCUUUCGAAGUGGAAGCACUCCUGGAUCACCUUGUUCACUACCCGAAUACGCCAAUCUUCAUCUCGUAUCGCAUCAUCCAGCGCUUCGUCACGUCGAACCCGACUUCCGAGUAUGUGCUUGCGGUUAGCAAUGCCUUCCAGACUGGCGAGUACAACGGCUACACGUACUCUGGCAAAUAUGGCGAUCUCGCAGCUACGAUUGCAGCGGUGUUGCUAUUCAGCGAGGCGCGCUCUCAGACCAGCACCAGCAAUGGUGUACUCCGUGAGCCUUACCUGAAGAUCAUCCACUUCAUGCGAUCCAUGGAAUACCAGGACGAGAAGGACAGGCCCAUCGUACUCGGCAACUUGAUCAACACGAUUGGCCAGUACCCGUAUGCCUCCCCAACGGUCUUCAACUUCUACAUGCCGGAAUUCCGGCCAGAUGGCUUCCCCGAAGGCUUGGUUGCCCCGGAGUUCCAGGUCUACACGGCCCCGAAUGCAUUGGCCUUUGCCAACGGCAUGCACUCAUUGAUCAACCAGGGUCUCAGCAACUGCGAUGAUGGCUUCGGGGUCUAUGUCGGGGACUGCUCUGCCGGCACUACGACUUUCGCAGAGAAGUCGGACAUGGGCGAAGCCUUGGCCGAGCUGGAUCUGCUGCUCACCGGCGGCCGCCUCGAGGCGAAUAAGGGCAACGUGCAGGCGGGCUUCAAGCGCGAUGGUUGGAAGGAUGCGCAGAAGGUGAUCAUCCUGACGCCAGAAUUCAACACAUUGGGCAGUCCCUUGCCAGACGGCGUGCGGCCUCCCUCUCCACCUCCAACCCUCGGUGCCACCUCCAGUUACAAGGCUGUGGUUAUGCUUAUGCUGAAGGGUGGCAUGGACAGCUUCCAGAUGCUGGUGCCCUUGAACUGCCCCCUCUAUGACGAGUACCGCGGCGUCCGCAAGAGCAUUGCUUUCUUACCGGAGGAGAUGCAUCAGAUCAGCUCUGCGGAGCAGGCAUGCUCAGAGUUUGGCAUCCACCCGAAGCUUCCCGCCCUGAAGGAGCUCUAUGACGAGGGAAGCCUUGCCUUCAUCACCGACGUUGGGUCACUCGUGGAGCCGCUGACUCCGGACAUGAUCGGGAAAGGCUUCCAUGCGAAAGGCGGCAGUGGUGAGACCUGCCAGGGCCUUUUCAGCCACAAUGAUCAGCAAAGAGCUGCAGAGACACUGACAUGCCAGUAUGCCACGGCCGAGUUUAAGGGUGCAGGUGGGCGCAUCGCCGACGCGGUGGCUGCUGGCUCGGAGAAGUUCAACACCAUGUCCUUCUCCUUGAAGGGUUCUGCAACGUGGCCUCAGGGAUUUGACGUCCCAGGUGAGGUCCUGGGGCAAAAUUCUGGCGGUGGUAACUCCGCCUUCCCAGAGUACACGCGUCUGCAGGACAUCGUGAACAACAUCACGGGCACUCGCCAUGGCAACGUCUACUGCGAGGAGUAUGGCAAGCGCCUGGCGCAGGCCAUCAGCUUCAACAUCGGCUUGGAGAAGCAGCUCGAAAAUGCGGAGUUGGCGACCGACUACGAAGUCAAGGGCUACCAGCCCCUGAGGAGCCAGUUCAAGAAUGCGGCCACACUGAUUGCGGCGCGUGUCGAGCGCCAGGCAGAGCGCGACUUCUUCUUCAUCGAGGACGGCGGCUGGGACCAUCACAAGGGCGUCGAGAACGCCUUGGCCGGGAAGUUCGAGAGUCUCAGCGAGGCACUGGCGGAGUUCGUGGCUGAGCUGAAGGCGCAGAACAUCUAUGACAGCGUGGUGAUCGCGACGCACUCGGACUUUGCCCGGACCCUCACGCCCAACAGCAAUGCUGGUACCGACCAUGGAUGGGCCGGUAUCCAGGUGGUGUUGUCUGGUGCCAUCAAGGGCGGCGAGAUCUACAACGCCUUUCCGCACUUGGCCGAGGAUUCUCCCAUGGAUGCAGGGCGCGGGCGGCUGAUCCCCAGAUACCCAUUGGAGAACAUGAUGGUCCCCCUGGCAGAGUGGAUGGGCAUGGAGCCAGCCCAGCGCUCGCAGGUGUUCCCGAACCUGGCGAACUUCAAUUCCACCCACCUCCUUGAGAAGCAGACGCUGUUUCGGCCUUGA